GUGUUCAUGACACAUUUAGCAUUUUAUUUGGGAGAGCUUUGAGCUUCAGUAUGAAGUGGCAAAUGACAGUGUGCCUGAUGUCCUUGCUGUUUCUUCUAAAAGUUGAGGCAGCAGAUCCACUGGAGGAACGAAUGAAACUCCAGGUAAAUAGGGAAGUUACUAAAAGCAGGAAGUAUCUGAUGUUAAAACUGCUGUCUGGGUUGUUGGAUCCUGAUGACAAUCUCUUGGAAAAUGACUUCACGUCUUUGAGCCCAGGAGAGGAAGACAGUUCGCUUGAAGAGAGGUCGGUUAACGCUGGCAUCCCUCGUAGACCGCAGAAGGCACCGUGUAAAUUGUUCUUCUGGAAAACGUUCUCACACUGUUAAUUACUGAUGAAUUUUCUAAGUCAGUAGACCUGUAUUUAAACAAAACGGCUUCUGUUUUCCUGUAAGGGAUUAACUUUAAAAUGAUCAGAAACUUGCAUGCAAUUCUCUUUCGAUAUCAAUAUUUACAACGUAUGCCUGCAAUGAAUUUAAGCGGAGAGCGACCCGUGAAGCCCCAUGUCAAAUCUUGUUUUCGCAAAUCAAACCCAGGUUAAACUUCCUAAGUUUUUGUGUUAAGGCAGGUUAUUCUUUGGCAUGUGAUUCCAGGCACUUUCCUGCCGUUUUUCUCCCUCCAUUCCCCACCCUAGCAUUAUUAUUUCCUCAUCUCCCUGUCCCCAGACGGGUAGUCCCUCCCUCCCUGAUUCAAACCUCAUACUGAUAGUUUCAGAGAAGGACCUGGACCUGGAGAUUCUCCAGGAGAGAUUUACAGACACAGUCUCUCAAGGCCGUCAAACUGAGGAGACAAUGUCAUUUGGAUUUGUUUGUGAUACGUGAAUGUAUAGAACGUACAGUCUACCUGCAUUAAAUGUUUACACUUACCGAGCAGUCUGAUGCCAAUAAAA